UGUACUUGUCAGUGAACACUGACAUUUAAUUUAGAUUUUUAGUGAUACUCCCAAGGAAGUGUCAAGUGUCAAUUUUCCAAGUUACCUACGAUUUACAAAAAUGCUGACUUCUUCACUCCUUGGCGGUCUCCGAGCGGCACGCUCUUCUGUCGUGAUCACUAGAAACCUCGCAGCGGCACAGAAGGCCACAGACCCCAUCCAACAGCUAUUCUUGGACAAAAUUAGAGAAUACAAACAGAAGAGUGUUGGUGGCAAGCUUGUUGAGCCAAGCCCUGCUAUUGAAAAGGAACUGAAAACUGAACUCGAAAAGCUGGAACGUCAAUAUGGAGGAGGUUCCGGUGUGGACAUGACAUCCUUCCCGAGCUUCAAGUUCGAUGAACCCAAGCUAGACCCUAUUGAUGAAGUUGCUGCCCAAGCCAAGAAGUGAAUAGGAUAGGACCACCAUAGAUCUAGAUAAUAUCAAUUGUGAAAUAAAAUUAUAACAUCAUAUUAAUAA